CCGACUUCGAUGUCGCCCUCCUCAUUGAAUUCGUCAUCACAAACGCGCAGAGAUGAUAUCACGUCGGAACCGACGAUCAUGAUGACGUCAUCAGAUGGAGGAGGUUCAUCAUCAUUGGGUGUCAUCGAUGAAUCAACAACGAUUGGCAGCGAUUAUAAUCAGACUAACACGACCCCAUGGAUUAUUGCUGUAGUUGUCCUAUCCUGCGCUCUUCUGGUCUUUGUCAUCCUUUUUACCUUCACAUAUCGACUUGUGAGGCGUAGUACAAACCCCUCAUCAGAUGUGAGGGUAAGACAUCGUCAGUACCCCGGAUUCAAUUCUGAAAGUAUAGAAAUGACAAAACCAGUGCCAUACGACACUGCCAUUAUCAAGACAGGAUCUGCACACCAAGUUAAUGAAAGUAGCGGCAAUGAAUACAUAAGUGAUGCAUGUGAUAUGAAAGAACACGCUUACGAAGCUCUGGAGGGUCAUCCUGCCAAUAUUGGUGACAAAGAUUUUACUUACGAGAUCAUUAAACUGUAGGGUGGAUUGAACAGUACGACUGCGUGCAGAUUGAUUCACGAAAUCUUGAAAUCUUUGUAAAUACUGAUAAAAAUAAACGGCUUCUUAGAAAAAUAAUGAAGAUUAUUAAAGGUAGAUCAGGAGUUGUGAUUGUUGUGGGA